UGCGACAAUGCGCCGUUUAAACCCUACGCUCUCGCCCUUGUAUGCUCAAAAGCCUCCGACACCAAAAAUGCUCGUUAGGUUCUCCUCCGCCGCGAACUGUGCCCUAACCUCCUCCGAUCACAACCAAGACCACCUCAUCUUCGUGCCCAAUCCACUAGUUUUCCACCUCGGCGGUCGAAGGAACCCGCUAGGGCUCUCUUUUCCUCGGAAGAAGAAGUUUUCGAUGCUGCGAUCGCCAUCCCGUGUUCGCUCCUCGAUCAAAGAGGACGGGAUCUCGUCUUCGGAUGGAGAGCAGGAUUUGCCUAUCCAUGGGGUGUCGAAUACAGUUGUUGGGGUCCUAGGAGGAGGUCAAUUAGGUCGAAUGCUUUGCCAAGCGGCGAGUAAAAUGGCGAUUAAAGUAGCGACCCUGGACCCCCUUGAAAAUUGUCCCGCAAGUGCUCUUUCUUAUGAACAUGUAGUCGGGAGCUUCAAUGAUGGUGAUGCUAUUCGCGAAUUUGCAAAGAGGUGUGGGGUGUUGACUGUGGAAAUUGAACAUGUUGAUGCUGUUACCCUUGAACUGCUUGAGCAACAAGGAAUUGAUUGUCAACCUAAAGCAUCAACUAUAAAGAUAAUCCAAGACAAAUAUCUGCAGAAGGUCCAUUUUUCUCAGCAUGGAAUUCCACUUCCAGAUUUUGUGCAGAUAGAUGAUUUAACAACUCUUGAGAAAGCUGGGGACUUAUUUGGUUAUCCUUUAAUGAUAAAAAGCAAGAGAUUAGCCUACGAUGGGCGUGGCAAUGCUGUUGCUUACAACAAAGAGGAGCUUCCUUCUGUUGUUACUUCAUUAGGAGGAUUUGCUCAUGGCUUAUAUGUUGAGAGGUGGACACCCUUUUUGAAGGAACUCUCCGUUAUUGUCGCUAGAAGUAGAGAUGGCUCUCUAUCAUGCUAUUCCGUGGUUGAGACUAUUCAUAAGGAUAACAUCUGCCACAUAGUUGAAUCUCCUGCCAAUGUAUCAGAGGAAGUAAAAAUACUCGCCAAUGAUGUUGCUCAAAAGGCUAUUGGGUCCUUAGAAGGUGCUGGUGUUUUCGCAGUAGAGUUGUUUCUAACAAAGGAUGGUCAGGUUUUGUUGAAUGAAGUAGCACCUAGACCUCACAAUAGUGGACAUCACACAAUCGAGUCGUGCUAUACAUCGCAGUAUGAACAACAUUUACGAGCUGUUCUUGGUCUUCCUCUUGGGGAUCCUUCAAUGAAAGUCCCUGCAGCAAUUAUGUACAAUAUUCUUGGUGAAGAUAAGGGAGAAACAGGUUUCUAUCUUGCUCAUCAGUUGAUUAAAAGGGCGUUGAAUAUUUCUGGGGCCACAGUGCAUUGGUAUGAUAAACCAGAAAUUCGGAAGCAACGGAAGAUGGGUCAUAUCACAAUAGUUGGGCCUUCUAGGAACGCUGUAAAAGCCCGCCUGAAUAAAUUGUUGCAAAGAGACACAAUAGAGAGUUCCAAAUUAGUUACUCCAUGCGUUGCCAUUAUAAUGGGCUCUGAUUCUGAUCUCCCAACGAUGAAAGAUGCUGCAGAGGUUUUGGAAACAUUUGGCGUGCCCUUUGAGCUAACAAUCGUUUCAGCACACCGAACACCUGAGAGGAUGUACUCUUUUGCAUUGUCUGCAAAGGAAAGAGGUAUCCAGGUCAUCAUUGCUGGCGCUGGUGGUGCAGCACACUUACCAGGAAUGGUGGCUUCUUUGACUCCAUUGCCUGUAAUAGGAGUUCCAAUCAAAACCUCCUCGAUGAGUGGAGUUGAUUCUCUCUUAUCUAUUGUGCAGAUGCCAAAAGGUAUUCCAGUUGCGACAGUUGCUAUAGGAAAUGCAGCAAAUGCAGCUUUGUUAGCAGUUAGAAUGCUUGCCUCUGCAGAUGCUGAUUUAUGGGCCAGGUGGGAUAAAUCAUUUCCAAAAAUCUCUGAGAAAAGGAGAUUCUCAGGUUCAAAUCCCAUCAGAUUGAUUUGUUUCGGACUCGUACAUGAUUAUGACGGGCUUGGAUCAUUACCUUAUAUGGAGAGAUUACGCUGCUCCAUCGAAAUGGAACCCCGAACCUUGAAUGUGGAACAACUUAACAAUGCGCGGGAAGCAGCGAUGGAUGUAGUCCAAGAGAAGGAGCCAAUAGAAGCCUCGAUUAUUUUCACCGAGGGAAAAAAGGCUGUACUUACAAUGAGAGAAAUGGAAAAGAAGAUAGAGAGGCAAAACCAGUUUCAUAAGCUUGUUGAGAUUAAAGAGGCGCUUGAAGUUCCCAACACAUCUGGGGAUUAUCCUUGUUCUCCAAACAAUUCCGAAGAAUCUCCUGAUGAUAACACAAGAAAGGAGCCCUUAUCAUCUCCAUUUUGAAUUGGAAGUGUCUCUGCUAUUGCUCUAGACUAGAUUUUUGAGGAGAUUGUAAAUUUUUAUGUUGUAGCAAUAAUGGCAUAGCCACUGAUUGUUAUGUUCUUGUUAUUUAUAAACUUUUUGAGUCAUUUUUCUUAUGAGGGAUCCUUUCAUUGUGUUAGAGCCAUCCUUCAACUCGAAUUAUUUCUUGAGGUUUUUGAGUUCAAUCUCCACUUUUAACAUUUAAUGCAUGAUAUAUAUGUGGGCGUGUGAUGUUAUUGUUUCGUGA